CCCGCGGCCCCGGAGGUUUCACUGCACAACAAGAUGGCGGCGGCGGCGGCAAGCGGAGCUGGCGGGGUUGCCGUGGCCGGAGCAGGGGGAGCCGGGCCGGCCGGCCGCCUGCUGCCUCCGCCCGCCGCGGGGCCCCCGGCAGCCCCCGCCGCUGCGCCCCCGGCCGCCGGCCAGCCGCGUCCUACAGCCCCGGCCUCCCGCGGGCCAAUGCCCGCUCGCAUCGGCUACUACGAGAUCGACCGCACCAUCGGCAAGGGCAACUUCGCUGUGGUCAAGCGGGCCACGCACCUCGUCACCAAGGCCAAGGUUGCUAUUAAAAUCAUAGAUAAGACCCAGCUGGAUGAAGAAAACUUGAAGAAGAUUUUCCGGGAAGUUCAGAUAAUGAAGAUGCUUUGUCACCCACAUAUCAUCAGGCUUUACCAGGUCAUGGAGACAGAGCGGAUGAUUUAUCUGGUGACGGAAUAUGCUAGCGGAGGGGAAAUAUUUGACCACCUGGUGGCCCAUGGAAGAAUGGCAGAGAAGGAAGCUCGACGGAAAUUCAAACAAAUUGUCACAGCUGUGUAUUUUUGUCACUGUCGGAAUAUCGUUCAUCGUGAUUUAAAAGCUGAAAAUUUGCUUCUGGAUGCCAAUCUGAAUAUCAAAAUAGCAGACUUCGGCUUCAGCAAUCUCUUCACCCCAGGGCAGCUGCUGAAGACGUGGUGUGGCAGCCCUCCCUAUGCUGCGCCAGAGCUCUUCGAAGGGAAGGAGUAUGAUGGGCCCAAAGUGGACAUCUGGAGUCUUGGAGUUGUCCUCUAUGUGCUUGUGUGUGGUGCCCUGCCAUUUGAUGGGAGCACACUGCAGAAUCUGCGGGCCCGGGUGCUGAGUGGAAAGUUCCGCAUCCCAUUUUUUAUGUCUACAGAAUGCGAGCACUUGAUCCGCCACAUGCUGGUGUUAGAUCCGAACAAACGCCUGUCAAUGGAGCAGAUCUGCAGGCACAAGUGGAUGAAGCUGGGGGAUGUGGAUCCCAACUUUGACAGGUUAAUAGCUGAAUGCCAGCAACUGAAGGAAGAAAGACAGACGGAUCCCCUCAAUGAUGAUGUCCUCUUGGCCAUGGAAGACAUGGGACUGGACAAGGAGCGGACACUUCAGUCAUUAAGAUCGGAUGCCUAUGAUCACUAUAGUGCAAUCUACAGCCUGCUGUGUGAUCGACACAAGAGACAUAAAACUCUGCGCCUUGGAGCUCUUCCUAGCAUGCCCAGAGCCAUGACAUUUCAAGCACCAGUCAAUAUCCAGGCGGAGCAGACAGGCACUGCCAUGAACAUUAGUGUCCCUCAAGUUCAACUGAUCAACCCAGAGAACCAAAUUAUAGAGCCUGAUGGGACAGUGAACUUGGACAGCGAUGAGGGCGAAGAGCCUUCUCCUGAAGCCUUGGUUCGUUAUUUGUCAAUGAGGAGGCACACGGUGGGAGUAGCUGACCCACGCACGGAGGUUAUGGAGGAUCUGCAGAAGCUCCUGCCUGGCUUUCCUGGAGUGAACCCACAGGCUCCUUUCCUUCAGGUGGCCCCUAACAUGAACUUCAUGCACAACCUGUUGCCCAUGCAGAGUCUGCAGCCCACUGGGCAGCUUGAGUACAAGGAGCAGUCUCUAUUACAGCCGCCUACACUACAGCUGCUGAAUGGAAUGGGGCCUCUUGGCCGGAGAGCAUCAGACGGAGGGGCCAACAUCCAACUGCAUGCCCAGCAGCUGCUGAAGCGCCCACGGGGACCCUCCCCACUUGUCACCAUGACACCAGCAGUGCCAGCAGUUACCCCUGUGGAUGAGGAGAGCUCGGAUGGGGAGCCAGAUCAGGAAGCUGUGCAGAGGUACUUGGCAAAUAGGUCCAAAAGACACACACUGGCCAUGACCAGCCCGACAGCUGAGAUCCCACCGGACCUGCAACGGCAGCUAGGACAGCAAUCUUUCCGUUCCCGGGUCUGGCCUCCUCACCUGGUACCUGACCAGCAUCGCUCCACUUACAAGGACUCCAACACCCUGCAUCUCCCUACGGAGCGUUUCUCUCCCGUGCGCCGGUUCUCAGAUGGGGCUGCCAGCAUCCAGGCCUUCAAAGCUCACCUGGAAAAAAUGGGCACCAACAGCAGCAUCAAACAGUUACAACAGGAGUGCGAGCAGCUGCAGAAGAUGUACGGGGGACAGAUUGAUGAGAGGACCCUGGAGAAGACCCAGCAGCAGCAUAUGCUGUACCAGCAGGAGCAGCACCAUCAGAUUCUCCAGCAGCAAAUCCAAGAUUCUAUUUGUCCUCCUCAGCCUUCCCCACCUCUUCAGGCUGCAUGUGAAAAUCAGCCCGCCCUCCUCACCCAGCUGCAGAGAUUAAGGAUUCAACCUUCAAGCCCACCCCCCAACCACCCCAACAACCAUCUCUUCAGGCAGCCAAGUAACAGCCCUCCGCCCUCCGUCAGCACUGCCGUGAUCCCAUCUCACGGUGCUACAUCUCCUUCCCAGUUUCAAGGCUUACCCUCCCAUGGUGCGAUCUUCCAGCAGCAGCCUGAGAACUGUUCCCCACCUCCCAGUGUGGCACUAACCUGCUUGGGCAUACAGCAGCCUAGCCAGUCACAGCCAGUGACUAUCCAGCUACAGGAGCCAGUUGACAUGCUCAGCAACAUGGCAGGGACAACUGCAGGCUCUGCUGGGCGGGGCAUCGCCAUGAGCCCCAGUGCCAGUCAGAUUCAGAUGCAGCACCGUAACAACCUAAUGGCUACCUUCAGCUAUGGGCACCGGCCCUUGUCCAAGCAGCUGAGUGCGGACAGCGCAGAGGCCCACAGCUUGAACAUGAAUCGGUUCUCUCCUGCUAACUACGACCAGGCGCAUUUACACCCCCAUCUGUUUUCGGACCAGUCCCGGGGGUCCCCCAGCAGCUACAGCCCUUCAACAGGAGUGGGGUUUCCUCCAACUCAAGCCCUGAAAGUUCCUCCACUUGACCAGUUCCCCACUUUCCCUCCCAGUGCACAGCAGCAGCCACCACACUAUACCGCAUCAGCACUACAGCAGGCCCUGCUCUCCCCUACACCGCCAGACUAUACCAGACACCAGCAGGUUCCCCACAUCCUUCAAGGACUGCUCUCUCCUCGGCAUUCGCUCACUGGCCACUCGGACAUUCGGCUGCCUCCAGCAGAGUUUGCACAGCUCGUUAAAAGGCAGCAACAGCAUCGACAGCAACAGCAGCAGCAGCAGCAGCAGCAGCAGCAAGAAUACCAUGAAUUGUUCAGGCACAUGAACCAAGGGGAUGCUGGGAGCCUAGCUCCUAGCAUCGGGGGACAGAGUAUGACAGAGCGCCAGGCUUUAUCUUAUCAAAAUGCUGACUCGUACCACCAUCACCACCACGCCAGCCCUCAGCAUCUCCUACAGAUCAGGGCGCAGGAAUGUAUCUCACAGGGUCCCUCACCCACUCCCACCCAUGGGUAUGCCCAUCAGCCGUCACUAAUGCAUUCGGAGAGCAUGGAAGAGGACUGCUUGUGUGAGGGGGCCAAGGUGGGCUUCCCAGACAAGAGCCCAAGCACACUGACCAAAGGUUGCCACGACAGCCCUCUGCUCUUGAGUACCGGUGGACCUGGGGACCCUGAGUCAUUGCUGGGAACUGUGAGUCAGGCCCGGGAGCUGGGGAUCCAUCCCUACGGACACCACCAGCCAGCUGCCACGUUCAGUAGAAAUAAGGUGUCCAGCCGAGAGUCUGUCAUAGGGAAUUGCAUGGAUAGAAGUUCUCCAGGACAAGCAAUGGAACUGCCAGAUCACAACGGGCUUGCGUAUCCAACUCGGCCCUCGGUCCAUGAGCCUCUCAGGUCCCGGACCCUCCAGAGACACCACACGAUCCAGAACAGUGACGAUGCAUACGUGCAGCUGGAUACCUUGCCAGGAAUGAGCCUGGUGGCAGGGAAGGCACUGAGCUCUGCCCGAAUGUCAGAUGCAGUUCUCAGUCAGUCUUCACUCAUGGGCAGCCAGCAGUUUCAGGACGGGGAAGAUGAAGAAUGCAGGGUGAGCCUGGGAGGUCACGAGCAUCCAGGCCUGAGUGAUGGCAGCCAGCAUUUAAACUCCUCUCGCUAUCCAUCUACGUGUGUUACAGACAUCCUGCUCAGCCACAAGCACCCCGAGGUUUCCUUCAGCAUGGAGCAGGCUGGCGUGUAGCAGGAUAUGGAGAGUGUGUGUGCAGCUGAGGAGGAGGUUGACCCUAAACCAACAGUGUCCAGCAGCGUCGCAUCACCUUGCCAUCUGUGUCUCUGCCAGGACAGUGCAGCUCCUUUCCCCACACUGGGCACCAGUAGGCCGUUGCUUGGGUUCUGAGGGACUUUUGCUAUGUUUGUUUGUAUGACCAAGGCACCAAGGAAAUAAACAGGAAAUCCAUGUUCUCCAUCUUCUGGGAACCGGCAUCUGGUGUGCUUGAGUUUCUGGUGUUUGGAGGUUUGCUUGUAUUUUGUUUGGGGAAUUUUCCUUUGGGGAUGACGUUUUUCUCCUCCUCCCCCACCUCUCCUUUCUUCAGCUCGUGCUCUUUCUCCCUCCCUCCCUUCCUCCUUCCCUCCCUCCUUCCCCCUCUCUCUUGGUUUUGUUUUCUCCUUUCCAUUUCUGAGGCAGAGGAGCUAGCAGUUAGUAUUCAGGGGCUGAACCUCAGGACCCUCCAUUCCACAGCCUCUCUCCCUCUGCUCCAGUCUGCCAGGAACAAAUGCUAGACUGGAGCUCAGUGGCUAAGAAAGAGAGAGUAAAAGAAAAAAAGAAACUCGAGCCUGGAAUCUGAUGCAGUGUCCUGCUGGGCGCUACUAGAACUGUAUCUGGUCCAGCAUAGGCUGAAUGGCCUGCUGCUGAAGGUUCCAACCAGUAUGGCUCAGUGUGGGGCCUUCUGUGUGUGGCUCAGCGCCCCUCUAGCCACCAUCCAACUGGUUUCCCCUCAUGAGUGAACACCCAGCAGCGAUGCACUGUGCUGCUUGUGUGGCCUCCAUUCUUCCUCUCAGCUGCAUUGUAAAAAGGACCGUUGGUCCAGUCAUGUGUGCAUAUAUAUGAGCGUGUAUAUAUGCCCUUCCCUUUCAGCCUCUGUCACAGACAAGGAUAGGAGGCUGUGUGGAGCCCCUUAACUUCCUCCUCUCCCUAGCAUCUUCAGCCCCUACAUUUUAAUUCUUGAUCAUGUAGGAAUUGUUUUUGGUAAAUGUUGAUAUUAUUGUUAUUAUUGUUAUUAUUAAUAAAGACAAAAUAAUUUUUGUUUAAAAGAGAAUUGUUUAACCAGAUUCUGUGCUAUUGAACUGUGGCUUGCGCCUUCUGUUCGAAGCAUUUUCCUUGGCAUUGGCAUUGUGAACCACUCUCCUGUGCCAUCGAAGGAUGCAGUGCCCCCCCCCCCUUUCCCACCUGAAGCAGCGCAUAUGCAAUAGCUAGUGUUUAUGUCCUUACCUUUCUCCCUCUGCUGAUAGAAACCAAAGUCUCCUUUGCAGCCUGGGGGCUGAGCAAGGCCUUGUUCUCUCCUGGUCCUCAAAACCAGUGAGGAGUGGCCUCUGUUCUGACUCUUAGCCCUCAUUUCUGAGAGCCAGAGGUCUCCUUCCUCUGCAUUUGCACAGAAGAAAGCAGUUGCCUAGCAUGGCAUCCAGAUGUUGCCAGCAGGGCCCCCACCCAGCUUAUCCUUCUCCGCUGACACCGGCAGCUUGCUUCUGAGCCCACUGUCCCUUGAGUGGGUUUGUUUUCGAUGCAAGAGCUUUGCUGGGGACCUGUUCCAUGGUCCUGUAUCCUCCAGUCUCCUCUCCACUUCAUGGGGUCACCAGUCACUCACCACAAGUCUGACUUCCCAAGAAAGCUUGAAGAGCCGUUGUUGGCUUCUAAGCUCAGUCCAACUCUGAUGUCCAGGGUGUGUCCUGCUGCUCCGAAUGCUCGGCCUGACCUGUUUACAUGGUACUAGAUUGAUGGAAGAGCAGAUGCCACCCUCCAGAGCCACCCAGAAUGAAAGCCAGUGAGCCUAUUAACCGUGCCAUCUUGCAAACUAUUUUCAAGAUCAUCAUUGCUUUACAUUGUAGUAACCAAUAUGCGCAAUAUGUUGAAUAUAUAUGAAUAUACUUUGCUAUUUCUGUUCUUUGAAAAUGUUAAGAAGUAUUUUUUUCUUUCUCAUUUCUGUUAAACUUAAAAAAAACAAAAAGGCUUAAAAAAAAAAAAUCUCCAGAUUCAAGUUGCUAAGACAUUUUGUCCUUGUUUGUGUGGGACAUUUACAACUUAGUAACUUGGUUGGACAGUAGGAGGUUGUGGAAAUAAAAACCUUAUUAUGUUCUAACACUGA